AGCCCGCUUGGAAGUUCAUAUCAUGAGCCUUUUGGCAGCCUUGGAAGGAGAACAUCACGGCGGGGAGAAGGAACUGAAGGGCGAGGUGGGCCGCGACGCCGGGGAGAAGAAGCGCGAUGGACCAGAGGAGAAGCCACUGCUGUUGUUCCAGCAGGUGUCGCGGUGCUUCUGCAUGCCGAUCAAGCAGGCGGCGGAGGAGCUCAAUGUUGGGCUGACGCUCCUGAAGAGGCAGUGCCGGGAGCUCGGGAUCCCGCGGUGGCCGCACCGAAAGUUGAAGAGCCUGGAGACGCUCAUCAAGAAUGCUCAGGAGCUAGGGAAGCCUAUGAUUGAAGUGGAGAUGCUGCAACGGAAGAAGAAGCUGAUCGAGGAGAGGCCUGGGCACAUUGAGCUGGAUGAGGAGACGAAGGUGCUGAGGCAGGCGUGCUUCAAGGAGAAGUUCAAGAGGAGAAGGCUCAUGGCAAUGGAGCGGUAAUUCAAGAUGGAUAUGCUUGUUCCAUGGGAAUUUUGUUGGUGGGUGAAUCGCGGGUUUGAUCAGGCCGGGUAUUUUGCAGUUCUGAUCAGGGGAAUUUUGACUGAUCAAAUUUGCCAUCCGUAGCGUAGUCUGACCAGCUUUCUUUAUUUUGGGGGCCGGAGGAGGAAGUCUGUCUUGGUUAGCGUCUGAGCAAGACAGAAAGUAGAUGUUUUUGCUGUAAAUACUAUCACUCGUCCUCUGGCUAUCUUCUCAGGGCAUCUUCAAUAGUUUGUAUGUUAGCUUGUUGGUAAAAUAUGCAAUGUCAUCAAUCAACACCUUAACAUACAACAACUUCAAUGGGUUGUAUCUAGUUUGCUCAAUAGGAUCUGAGAU